AUGUGUUAUGUUGGGAGGAAUUAUAAAUAUGUAAGCCGAUAUUGUGAAGGUGGUGGCAGUAGCCAAGAAUUUGUUUGUCAGAAAUUCAUUUGCGAAAAUGGAAAGUCACCAUUUAUAUUACGAACAUGUGCGAACAAACGAAUCGGAUGCUUAGCAGGUCCAGCAAUUUGCCGUUUCAGUGGUGGUACCGGUUCCUGUUCCCGUUGUAACCGGGAUAAUUGUAAUUUAUAA